GGGAGGUGUUAGCUGGCCCUGAUUGUUUCCUGCCCGGAAUGCCUUUCCGUUAUCUGCCGGGCGCAUGCGCGUUUGCUGCCUCGGCCUGGCGCGUGGUGGGCGCAGCGGCGCAUGCGCGCAGGGAGGGGGCGGCGGCGAUGAGCGUCCUGCUCCCCAACAUGGCGGACUUCGACACCAUCUACGAGCUGGAAGAAGAGGAGGAGGAGGAGGAGGAGGAAGAGGAGGGGAGCGAGCCCCGCGGCCCCGGGCGGCCCCUGCCCCUCUCUCCGCCCGAGGACGAGGGCCAGGCCGCGCGGAGGAGCGGCCCCGAGAUGCCCAGGCCUCGCGACGCCCCGGAGCCCGUCGCCGUGAGGGGAGCCGGGCACCUCACCGUGUUCGGCUUGAGCAACAGGUUCGACACAGAAUUCCCUUCGAUUUUGACGGGGAAGGUGGCGCCAGAAGAAUUCAAGACCAGCAUCAGUCGGGUGAAUGCGUGUUUGAGGAAGAACCUGCCCAUCAACGUGAAAUGGCUUCUCUGUGGCUGUUUGUGCUGCUGUUGUACUUUGGGGUGCAGCCUCUGGCCAGCUGUCUGUCUCACCAAAAGAACGAGAAGAUCGAUUCAGAAGUUGCUAGAGUGGGAAAAUAACAGAUUAUAUCAUAAGCUUGGCUUGCACUGGAAGUUGAGUAGAAGGAAAUGUGAAAGCAGCAAUAUGAUGGAAUAUGUAAUUCUCAUAGAAUUCUUACCAAAAUACCCGAUAUUUCGGCCUGACUGAGGAACGCAGUGUUAUAUCACCUUCCGUGUUACCUGUCAUUUCCUACCUGUAGUGCCUUGUAGGGGAUGGGGAGAGAAGAUGGUCUACUUUUUGCUGUGAUUUUUUUUUUACAAGAAAGAAAAACAGAAGUGUUUUGGAGUUACCUUUCUUGCUCGGUUAUUUUCCUUCUUGUUUUAAGAAGAAAACAAUUUGCACAUUUUUUUUUAAACGACGAGGCUUGCCUUGCGCACUCUUGGAACUUAUGUGUUUUUUUAAUGACAAAGGUUGCCACUACGAGUGUCAUAUCGAUGCGACUUGUUCUCUAAGCAUGCUGCCUUAUUAGUUUCCAAACCGGAUGGAUGUCUGUUUAUCCAAAUGUCUAAUCUGGCCAUCUCCUUUUGGCCGUCAAAUGGUUUGAUAAUCUGCUUGCGUUAGAGUUGCCAUGAACCACACUUACAAAGUUGCUCAUCUUAGGUUUGUGGGUUAGUUGCUUUGGCGCCAUGGUUGUGUAAAUAUUGCCUCACUGUAUAGUAUAGUAAGUGUGGUGUUAUGCCAAGGUUUACAACAAUGUAAUAUAAUUCCUUUUGUGUUUUGCCACUGUUCUGCGUUAAGAGUUAUUACGGAUGAUAUCUGUCAGCAUCCCUCUGAUUGUACAGAGCCAUUCUUGUGCCAUAACAAUGAAGCCAUAACGCGUUGCUCCAGACCACCGAAUGUUGGGUUCAAGCACGCUUUGUGGAAAGUGCAAAAAUACGGAAAUAUAUUUGCAGAGGUGUGCUUCACAACCCCUUGAAUUUAUAUGGAAUUGCGAUUUGCUCUCUGUGGUUUUUCAAACCAAAUGGCUUUUCAAAUUUAUUAUUGUGAUUUGGUAUUGCAAAAGGUCAACAUUAUUGUGCAUCAGUGGUUCCCAACUUUUUGGGCCUCAAGGUGUUUUGGACUUCAACUCCCAGAUUAGGAACUGUGGGACCUAAAGUCCAAAACACCUGGAGGCCCAAAUGUUGGGAACCACUGUUGUACAUGGAAGAAGAAAGAAAACCCAGGUGUGACUAUAAUCUUUAUAUACCAGGUAUAUUAUUUGUAAAACAAGACGUCUGAAUUGAUGUAAUGUUUCAAUGCGAGAGCUCUGGCUAAAUCUGUAUUGUAUCUAGGGAAUCCAACUAGACAUAGACCUGGGUGAUGUUCUCUUCUAUUAUUAUUUCGCUUGGAUGUAUACUAUAUAUACGUAUAAUGCAAUCUGGAACGGAGUGAUAGGGUCAGUGUAGACACCCAUAAUGCAGUUUAACUGCAUCGAAGUGCAUUAUGUGGGUCUCUACUCACCCUAGAAUGCCAUUCCAAACUGCAUUAUAUGCCACUGUAGUUCCAAUCUUAGUUGCAAUGUCAAUAUUAGAUGUCUAAGAGCCUCCCCUUCCCUAGAAAAUGCAAUUUCAGCCUGCAAAAUGUCCUCUUGAACAGCAAAAGAGCCCCGUCCUAUAUGUUCUGUGGGAUGGAGAAUCGGAUAGCAGAGUUAGGCCUUGCAAAGCCCCAAAAAAUUGAAUGCAGCUAUGUUUUGCUUUUUUGAGAGUGGUGUCUUGCCAAAACUAGGGUCGUAUGGUGUAUUGCCUGAUAUGACCAGUGUUUCUUAGGCUUUGGUUCAUUGCUGGCUCCUUUGGAAAGACACCGAAUCAUCCAAAUCUGCCUCUAAACUGGAGUGUCUUUUCACAUAAUUUCUCACAUGUUGCUGAUGCUCCUUGGAAUCAAUGCCAGGCCCUAGCCGCGCAUCUUUCUCGCCAAGUCUGCUUUGCUUGGUGAUUUUAAUGGAUGUAUUUCAGACCAAUUUCAAGUCUUUGUAAUGCCGUGCCAAAUCCAAAAUGUUAACGUUCCUCUUACGGAGAAUGUGCCCUAAAAAUCUUUUUGAUUUUGUUUUGUAUCUCCAAUGCAUUGAUGAGACUGACUUCCAGUUAAUUUUUUCUUCUUUUCAUGUUAGGCUAUGUGUAUAGGUUUUUGUUUUUUGCAGACUGGUUAGAAUCCCAGACUCUGUUCUCUAAAGGGGUCAUAUUCUCAUCUUGCAUCAAUCCCUGCUGAGGCGUUUCUAAUACAAGAAACCCUGGUUUAAUGUAUUCCUAUAGUAGCCAAUAUUUGUUCUGGACAUGACAUUUGUAGACAGGUUUCCCUCCUCAUUUUGGUGUGACAAUAGCAUAUAAAAAGUCCCCACUGUAAUCGGUGGAAGCUUGGUUACACAAUAGAGCUGGCAUGGGCAAACUUCGGCCCUCCAGGUGUUUUGGACUGCAACUCCCACAAUUCCAGCUGUUGGGAAUUGUGGGAGUUGCAAUCCAAAACUUCUGGAGGGCCGAAGUUUGCCCAUGCCUGCAAUAGAGGGGUCUGCCUUAUUGUUGGCUUAUUAUAUAAAACUGGGGUAAUUGAUUCAUUGACUUACAUGUACAGGAGGCUUUCACUAUCUGUAAAGCUCCAGUGGAUUCCUAGACUGGUCUUAAGAUCUUGCUUCCAAUUCCACAACAGACUGCGUUUCUGGUUAUCUUUACCUAGUCAUAUCUAUAAAAUAGAAGUCCAUCUCUCUCAAUCUAGACACACAUGACAACCGAGUCCGGUUCUACGUAAGAGGCAAAUCCAUCUUAAGGCGUUCUGUUAUGCUGCUUAAGUGGGAAGCAUGACAUGCAUUGAACCGUAUGCUCCCAAGUCUUUUGUGGCUUUAUGGACCAUGCUCCAGUGGUUUUUCCUCUCCAGUAUUUCAAAUGGUCUACAUUUCAGGCUGAACUUUUCUGCGGUUCGGUCAACAGUCAUGUUACAUUGUCAAAGGAGAGGAGAAAGUGCCUUGAAUGGCUCAUCCAAACCAAAUAUCGAAAGCUAUGGCAUUGCGUGGGCAAAACGGAAAAUAUGAAUUUUGUUAUUCUUGCUGACUGUGUUUCCAAAAUAUUGGUCCUCCCAAACGUUUUGGACUCCAGCUCCCAUCCAGUUCGACCAACAGUCAAGGAUGCUGGGAUCCGGAGUCCAACGCAUCUGGCGGAUCCGUUGUUUUAGAGCCAUUCUGUUUGAAGCCAAUGCAAACUAUUUCCUGCAUGAAGUUAGGAUUCAAGGAAAAUAUCAAUCCUGUUAUUCCCUCCUUUUAAAGGCCUGGAACUCACCUAUUCAUGUCCUAUCAAAGCAGGUGCCCAUUUCAUGAUGGCAAAAUUGGUUUUAUUAUCAGCUGUACAUUUGACUGGGAACUUCUGUCAUUUCAAGUUUUCUUUAUAUCAGUGUAUCCAAAACGUUGGUCCUCCCAAACGUUUUGGACUCCAGCUUCCAGCAGCUCCAUCAUCCAGUUUGACCAACAGUCAAGGAUGCUGGGAUCCGGAGUCCAACACAUCUGGAGAAUCCAUUGUUUUAGAGUUGUUCUGCUUGAAGCCCAUGACAAACUAUUCCCUGCAUGAACUUAAGAUUCAAGGAAUAUGCUUUAUUAACCUUUCUCCCUUGAAAUCCCAUUUAUUUUCUAUGCGGUUGUGUCGUUUUCGUAGAAAACUCGCACAUCCACCACCUCUUUCUAUGUAACCUGUGGAUCUGGUUGUGAAUUUGAUGGCAAUGCAGCUUGGAAUAGAGCCUUUUCUUUCUUUUCGUCCAUAAUACCAAAUUGCAGUCAUUUUUUAAACCAAUGUCGCCACUUCCCAAUAAAUCCAGGACCCUAUUUUCUUGUUUGGAUGUCAAUGUCCAACACUGUGAAUAUCUAUCACAUUUCCACGUCCCGACACUGACCAAGCCUAUUAACCCGGAAACACUAGCAUUGAGCAAUAAAUAAUCAUCAGAUCGAAGCAGUGUAAAUAUCUCACCCUUUGAGCAAAGCAACGGUUAACAUUCACAUGUUCAUGUUCUGCAACUGUUGUGCAUCCUUUGUGUUUAUGGGUUGGAUGUUAUUUGUAGCGCUUUUGUUCCAGCUCGUUUAAAUCCAAGUCCUUAACACUUCUCUUCUGUUUACAAAAUUAUAGCCACUUAUAUAAAAAAAAAAGACGAGGACCUUAUGCCUUGAAGUUUUUGAAAUAAAAAAAAAUCUAAAGAUC